AUUACAUUAUGUUCUGUACUCAUUCUGAGGUACUACAGUAUAUAGACAGUAUAUCCGUGUCGACAAACGCUUAGUGUUAUAAUAUAGAUAUUUGUCAUUGUAAUCUAACUAAAUAUACAUACAUUGUUUUUGUAACAAUACAAACUAGGAAUACAGAUUCUUUACUAAAACAUGGCUUGAGUUGUUGCAUUGCCCCAAAUGGACAUCUACAUCUGUUAAGUAUCCUUUCCCUGCUAAAAGCAUUUCUAAGUAAAAGUACUUCAAGGCCACAUGGCUGUAUUUUUCAGGUAGUGUGAUAGUUAUUGCCAAAGCUUUCAACAUUUACUCAAAUGUAUAACAUCGUUGUGUUGUCAUUCUGUUUCUUGUUCCUCAACAUCUCAACUCUCAACUCUUCUUUUGGAACCAAUUUUACUAUUCAUACACACAGAUACAUUUAUAGAGUACAGAUGUAUAAAACCUUCUUGCCAUUUAUAGUUAACCCAGGUUUUUUUUAAUGUCUUUCUCCGGAGCUGCAGAUUAUAUUAUUUUGCAUACUGAUUUGUGAAUUCACUAACCACUUACACCCUUACCAGCGUCUGAUAAUUUAAUAAAAGGCACAGGCAAAUGCUGUUAGAGUUCAGAUCAGACUGUUAAUUCAUGACUACGACAAUGAAACACUUCUUUGCUUCUUUGUGUUUUCUUAGAUGUUUGUUACAUGUCUUGACUCAAUGCACUGCUCCAACCUCAGAGUUUUACUUGAAAGGAGAAUAUGUGCUUGGUGGACUAUAUGAUAUUCAUGAAGUCAGUGUAGAUGUUUUUCUGGACCGUCCAGAAGCCAUCAACUGCUCCAGGUGAGUCUGACAAUAAAUAAAUAACGAAUGAACAGAGUUUUCUUUUCAAGUAAACUAAAGGUUAAAGGAAAGUGAUCAAAAACUAAAAAAUAGUAUGUUAUAAUAUCCUGUACUUACAGUAGCACUUAUUCCAGCACUAUGCAAUAAAACCUCCCAAGCAGGUUCCCAAUAUCUGAAUCUACUGCAGACAUAACUUUCAAUAAAUUCAAAAUUUCUGUACAAACAAUUACAUUACAGAUUGUAAGUUUCAUAUGCACACUAUACCAAGAUACUAAGCUACUACAUUUAAAGUUAGAAAAAAAACAUUUUAUCUUUUAUAAGUGGUUGUACUAUUACUAGAGUUGUUGAACGUCUUAAUUAUUGAGCUCUGAUCUUGACUUUUGAAUUUACAAAUCUAAUGCAUUUGAACUAAUACUGUUCAUGUCUUUUCCUCAUCAACAGCCAACCCUUUACACUAUCAAGUUAUCGGAGGUUUCAGUUGAUGAGAUUCUCUGUAGAACAAAUCAACAACUCUACAAAGCUACUUCCAAAUGUAUCUCUGGGCUACCAAAUAUUUGACCAAUGCUCAGAUACACACAGCUUUCCAGGCGUUUUGAAUCUCAUCUCAGAAAAGAAUGAAAUCCAACCUUGGAGUGAACCCCACAUGAAUGUCUCAGAAGUGAUAGCGGUGAUUGGUGCCUAUACAAGCACUGAGACACGAACUGUAGCCCCACUCUUUAUGGUGAAUCUUAUUCCCAUGGUACUGUCUAUUUGGUUGCAAAUUUAUUUAAAUUUUUUUUACCUGAUGCAACUGAAAACAUUACAAUGUUGGUCAUUUCUACAUUAUGUCAUUCAACAGGUCAGUUAUGGAGCUGCUAGCUCGAUAUUUUCAAGUAAACAGAAUUUUCCGUCUUUCUUACGGACAGUCCAUCCCAAUAAAGAUGUCAUAGAAGUGGUCAUUAACAUUUUACUAAACUUCAACUGGAGCUGGGUUGCCUUUCUUUACAGUGAUAAUGAUUACGGUCAAGAUGGCCUGGCAUUGUUCAUGGAUAAAAUUAAAGACACUGAGAUGUGCCUGGCAUACAACAAAGGUCUUGAUUAUUAUACAAAUUACACCCAAAUAUUUGAACAAAUUAAUGAACAGAGGAUAAACGUGAUUAUUGUAUUCGCCCCUGAAUGGAAUGCUGAAGCGCUCAUUACCUCAGCCAUACAACAAAAUGUCACCAACAAGGUGUGGAUCGCAGGAGAUGCAUGGUCAUUAAACAAGCAGCUCCCAAAGGAGAAUGGAAUCAGAAAUGUUGGAACUAUACUUGGAGUUGCUGAGCCAGCAAAGCUAAUACCUGGUUUUAGUGAUUUUAUCUAUUCAUCAGAAAACCAGAAUCAGUGUGAAGAUUUUGUACAGCAGAAGCUUUGUAAUCAAAGGUGCAACUGCGAAGGCCUGACUCCAGAAGAUGUCAUCAAUGCAGACCCAUCUUUCAACUUUCCUGUUUAUUCUGCUGUAUAUGCCACCAGUUAUGCUUUACAUCACGUCCUGCAAUGUGAAAGUGGGAGAUGUAAUGACAAUAUUACAGUGUACCCAUACAUGAUCCUCGCAGAGUUGCGAAAGUCAAAUUUUACACUUCUAAAUGAAACAAUUCAUUUUGAUGAGAACGGGGAUCCCCUGUUUGGAUCCUAUAACAUAGUUUUCUGGAACCAGAGUGGUUCCUACUUCCGUAUGUUCCCCAGACUGUGA